CCAGGGCGUGAAGAGAAAAUGCUUCGUGCAUUGUAGCUACAGGAGCGCACUGGUACAAGGCUGGUCCGGGGCGUUGAAAAUUCCUCGCUACGGCAUUGUAUAGGAUUAUAUAUUCUGGCUUGCAAGUGAGAAAGCGUAGUAUCCUGAGCUAGAUCGUGCAUGCCAUUAAUGGCUGCCUUCGCAAAGAUGGCCGUGGAGUGUCUCCAGGACCCACUGAUCUGGCUGUUCCUCGUCUCGGUGGCCUUGGCCACCCUGCGGAGACGGAGACGGCGGGGCUACGCGCCGUUCCCUCCGGGCCCGAAGCCGCUGCCCAUCGUCGGUAACAUGACGCUGGUGAACCAGCUGACGCACCGCGGGCUGGUGGCGCUGGCGGAGAAGUACGGCGGGCUGCUGCACCUCCGCCUCGGCUGCCUCCACGUGGUGGCGGUGUCGACGCCGGAGCACGCGCGGGAGGUCCUGCAGGCGCGUGACGGCGCCUUCUCGAACCGCCCGGCCACCGCCGCCAACGUUUACCUCACCUACGGCCGCUCCGACCUGGCGUUCGCGGACGGCGGCGCCCACGUGCGCGAGAUGCGCAGGCUCUGCGCCACAACCCUCUUCAGCCGGCGCCGCGCCGAGACGUGGCUCGCCGUGCGCGACGGGUACGGGGCGCUGGCCCGCGACGUGGGCAGGCGCAGCGGCCAGGCCGUGAACCUAGGCGAGCUCAUCUUCAACCACACCGUGGGCGUCAUCUUCCGCGCUGCCUUCAGCGCCGGCGACGAGGGACUGGACGAGUUCGUCGUCAUCCUCCGGGUGUUCUCCAAGAUCUUAGGCGAGUUCCACGCCGGCGACUACUUCCCGUGGCUCCGGUGGACGGCCCGGCUGGGCUUCAACCGCCGCCUCCACGCAGCGCGCAGCGCCGUCGACAAGUUUACCGACAAGAUAAUCGACGACCACGUGAGGAGAGGGAAGAACCCCGCCGAUGCCGACGCCGACUUGGUAGAUGGCCUGCUCGCUUUCCUCGCCGACGCGAACCUAUCCAAAGGGAAGGACGCCCUCCACUUCACCCGCGACAACGUCAAGGCCAUGAUCAUGGAUAUGUUGUUUGGCGGGCCGGAAACGGUGAGUUCAACGAUUGAGUGGGCAAUGGCGGAGAUGAUGCGUAGCCCUAAUACCUUUGCACGGCUUCAGCAGGAGCUGGCUGACGUGGUGGGGCUCGACCGCAUGGUGGAUGACUCAGACCUCGACAAGCUCCCCUUCCUAGGAUGCGUCGUCAAAGAGACGUUCCGCAUGCACCCGCCCAUCCCGACGCUUCUCCACGCGGCUGCUAAAGACUGUGUACUCGGAGGUUACUCGGUCCCUAAAGGCUCGCGAAUAAUAAUCAAUAUGUGGGCAAUCAAUCGUUACCGCGAGGCCUGGAAGGACGGCGACGCCUUCCGGCCGACGCGGUUCAUGCCAGGUGAGGGGGACGCUGUCGGGCGGGACCUCAAGGGCGGCUCCUUCGAGUUCCUACCCUUCGGGUCUGGACGACGCUCGUGUCCAGCACAGGGAUUCGGUCAUCAUGCAGUACAAUUGGCUGUCGCAUACCUCGCCCAUGGGUUCAACUGGGAGCUACCCGACGGUAUGAGUCCGGCGGAGCUUGACAUGGGUGACAUGCCCGGCAUCACUGGACCGCGCGCCGCGCACCUCUACGCCGUGCCCACGUCCCGACUCAACUGCACGUUGUAAAGUGCUGCUUGUUCGGUCUCAUACGUACCUGGUAACAAUUUCUCUUUGUUGGGAAGUACUCAUAACUGCUAUUAGUAUUUCCCCGAGAAAAUAAAUGCUAUCAGUAUGUUCUUGUCCCGCCAUUGAGCACCAUGUGAAACUGGUUGGUUGGUUUCUCAAAAAGAAAAGAAAAAACUGG